AUGGUUGACGCUAAGCAUCCAACCUGGAUACAAUCAUACGCACAACAUUGGGUUGUCAAGUCGUUGGCUAAGAUUAAAAAAGGUCGAGCCACAUUUAUCUGUCGAUAUGAAGAUGACACAAUAAUCGUCGUUGGCGAAAAAGACACAGCGGUACCCGAUGAGUUGAACGCUACGAUUUAUGUGAUAAACCCCAACUUUUGGACGAGAUUCUGCACAGGAUUGGAUCUGGGGACGUCCGAGGCUUAUAUGCUACAGGAAAUCGAGUGUGCGGAUUUGAGCAGGAUCUUCAACAUAUACUUCAAAAAUAAAGACUACCUAGGAUUUGGAAACCCUAUAUUACAAGCCGGUCAACGGUUGUCUCGAAUGUUCUGGAGUCCCUCGAAUGAUGUCCAGCAAGCACGGCUUAACGCGUCGGCACAUUAUGAUACAUCCAAUGAACUGUUCGCUGCUUUCUUAUCGCCCGAUAUGAACUAUAGUUGCGCCCACUGGACUACAGACCCUGCGGAAACACUACAAACAGCCCAGGAACGAAAGGUGGACACCCUACUCAAAAAGCUACAUCUUAAUUCAAACCAUCAUCUACUGGACAUCGGCUGCGGAUGGGGAGAUGUAAUGAUCAAAGCAGCCCAAAAAUAUUCUUGUCGAGUGACCGGUAUAACAUUAUCCAGUGAGCAGAGGUCAUUGGCAGAAAACAGGGUCAAGGAAGCAAAGCUUCAACAUCUUGUUUCCGUGCUCCUUUGUGAUUACCGAACAACUCCUGUGCCAGAAUCUGGCUAUGAUCGCAUAGUUUCUAUCGGCAUGUUCGAGCAUGUAGGUCGAAAAUACCUUAACGAAUAUUUCAGGACCAUUUCACGUUUAUUGAAUCCCACAACGGCCGUGCUUGUCAUCGACGGCAUUACAUUUACCAACAAGAUGCAUGAGUCAAGAUCACCAGUGGAUACUUUCAUUGGACGAUACAUCUUCCCAGGAGGCUACUUGCCUUCUAUCCAUUCGCUGACUGAAGCUCUACACAAAGGAUCAAAAGGGACUUUAGAAAUUACUCAUGUGAGAAAUAUCGGUCCUCACUACGGAAAGACUCUCCUUGCGUGGAGAAAUAACUUCCAACGGAACUGGGACACGAUCAUGGCGAAUUAUAUGAGGAAGUACCCUUCUGCAACUGGGGAGGACAUUGAAGCAUUUCGACGCAUGUGGCUGUAUUAUUUCGUCUCCUGCGAGGCUGGGUUUCGCUCCCGCGCUCUGGACAACUACAUCAUUUGCGCAGCGAGGACCCCCGAACCUGCCGUUUCCUAUACCAAUACGGCCUUUAGAGAGAUGUUGGAUUGA